UUAGAAGGGAACCCGCAGCGGGCCCCAUGUAAACAGAAGAAAAAAAUAUGGCGGCUCAUCUGCGCACAUUAACAUUGUCAACUCUCUUUGUGCAUAUUUUUUUGAAUAACGCUGCUAUUAAUUUGUAUAUUUCAAAUCAAGAGCUUCAAAGAGUAUUAGGUUUUGACAGUGAGCUUUAUUAUAUCAGAAGAAGUGAAGAAAAUUGGAAUGCAAUUCACCACCAGUUGAUGAUAUCAGAGUAUAUAUCAUAUAUUAUUUUUCGAUGGCAAGAUGAACAGUUACCAUCUUUCCCCUCUACAACGUUAUACAGUGCAAAAAUUUACUCAUCUAGCAGCGAUGUAAUAAAUCCACCCACAUUGAGUUUAGAAUCAUCUGAAAAAGUACCCACACAAGAAAAAGAAUUUCAAAUCAAUGUGACAUGCAAAGCAAAAGUUACUGGAAAUAGUACUGUCUACCUGCAGCUCAACCUCACAACAUAUCACUCAAAGCAGGUGAAAGGACGACUUGUUAAUUUGGAAUUUCAAUUCAAGAAAUUAUGCAAAGAUACUCCUUUAAUCAAUGAUAGAAGAAACACAGAUGAGGAAAACGGUGGGAAUAUCAGAAGGAGAGAAACAGAUGAGCACACUGGUGUUGCAGUCAACAAAACAAACGUGUUCUACAUCGCAGUUGGUGUCGUCUGCAGCAUCAUUUUGAUCAUCGUCACAGCUGUUGGCUUCUUACAUGUGCAUUCCAUGCCGAAACAAACUGAAGAAACGAAGCAUGGUUUGAUCAACAAUGAAGUAACUGAUGCAGUUCCUGCUAAGCCGAAUGUACCAGAAGCCUUAAAAGCUGCUAUCGCUGAGAAAAAACAAAGAGAGUUGAUGCACAAUUUGAAAGAUUUUAUUAUCAGAAGAAAUCUACUAACGCUUGGAAACGCUGUUCAAGAAGGGUCGUUUGGUCGAGCUUAUAUUGGAACCCUUAUAAACGCAGAAAGUGGUGAAGACAUGAAAGUUUUAGUGAAAACUGUGACAGACAAUGCGUCACCAGAGCAAGUCACUCUGUUUAUGAUGGAGAGUGGCAUGUUGAAACGUACUGCUCAUCAUAAUGUUCUCCCUCUUAUGCAUCUUUGUUUUGAUGAGACGAGACCACCACUUUUUAUAUUUCCAUACUUAAACAGAGGAAAUCUGAAGAACUACUUGCGUUUGUCAAGAACAGCUGAACCGCUCUUAAAACCGCUUACGACUCGUGAUAUUGUUUUGAUGGCGCUUCAAGUGGCGCGAGGGUUGCAAUAUCUUGCACGAAGACGUUGUAUACAUAAAGAUGUUGCCACUAGAAAUUGCGUAGUGGAUGAAGAACUGCACGUGAAAGUCUCUGAUAAUUCUUUAUCACGUGAUUUCUUCCCAGGCGAUUAUCAUUGUUUGGGUGACAAUGAAAACCGGCCUGUACGCUGGAUGGCGGUGGAAUGUUUAGAAACGAGCACUUACCUCACUGCCUCAGACGUGUGGAGCUACGGAGUGUUGCUGUGGGAAUUAUCAUCGCUUUCUCAAACUCCGUACGCGAAUGUCGAUCCUUUCGAAAUGCUCACAUACUUAAAGUCUGGGCUCCGUCUUCCUCAACCGGCUAAUUGUCCGGAUGAAUUAUUUACUGUUAUGGCUUGUUGCUGGGCGCUGUCACCGGAAGAUCGACCGCACUUUACACAGAUAAUUGCAUGUCUAGAGGCGUUUAUAAAUAAACUUAAUGCUUUCAUCUAAAAGUGAGACAACAGUGUUUUAAUAGGUUAAGUAAAACUCAACCAUAACUGGAGAGGUUUUUAUAUAAACAAUACCACGAGCGGAAGAGAAAUGAUUUAUAUUCAAUGACAGAUUUUGACCAAAACUAGAAGAGAAGUUAUUUCUCAAAGAAAGUAUUUUUUUAAAUUUUAUUUAUUUUUUAUAUGUACGAUAAUAUAUGUAAGAAACAAGCGUGUAAUAAAAAGAGUCACUGAAAAACUUUAUUUUAAAAA